AUGGAGAAGACCUACUCGUUGACAGCCCACUAUGAUGAGUUUCAGGAGGUGAAGUACGUGAGCAAGUACCAGAGCGGGACGCUGCCCAACGGCUUCGCCCUCCAGCUGGGCGCGGGGGCCAAGAAGCGCCGUGGGGGGCUGCCACGCUGGAGCCGCCGGGAGGUCUGUCUGCUCUCAGGGCUGGUCUUUGCUGCGGGGCUCUGCGUCAUCUUGACGUGCAUGUUGGUCCUCAAGUACCUGGCGACCGAAGGGGACAGCUACUGCCUGGAGGGGUGCCAGGAGAAAAAGGCCUUCCUGCGGGCAUCCCGCUUCCUAAGUGCCAACAUGGAUGCUACCAUCGACCCUUGCCAGGACUUCUACUCCUUCGCCUGUGGCGGCUGGCUCCGGCGACACGGCAUCCCUGAGGACAAGCUGGUGUACGGCACCAUCGGGGCCAUCGCCGAGCAGAACGAGGCCAAGCUGCGGGCGCUGCUGAGCCGCCCCGUGCGGCGCCGAGCCCGCGCCUCGGCAGAGAGGAAGGUCAAGGAGUUUUUCCGCUCGUGCCUGGACCGGGCUGAGAUCGAUCGGCUUGGCCCCCGGCCCAUGCUGGAGGUCAUCGGGGAGUGCGGUGGCUGGGAUGCCCCUCCGGACCGCAGGGACAUCAACGAGCUGCUCUACAAGACACAGGGCGUCUACAGUGCUGCCGUGCUCUUCUCCCUCACCGUCAGCCUGGACGAGAGGAACACUUCCCGCUACGUCAUCCGGAUCGACCAGGACGGGCUGACCCUGCCCGAACGGACCCUCUACCUGGGGCAGGAUGAGGAGAGCGAGAAGCUCAAGUGGAAGCGCUUGCUGGACCGCAUCUUCCAUGACAACUUCUCGGAGGAGGAGGAGGUGGUGCUGCUGGCCACCGACUACAUGCACAAGGUGUCCAACCUCAUCCGUGUGACACCCAGCAGGAUCCUUCACAACUACAUGCUGUGGCGCAUCGUGGUGGUGCUGAGCGAGCACCUCUCCACGCCCUUCCGCGACGCCAUCCACGAGCUCUCCAAGGAGAUGGAGGGCAACGAGAAGCAGCUGGAGCCGGGUAAGAUCUGCCUGAGCCAGGCCAACAAGCACUUUGGCAUGGCCCUGGGAGCUCUCUUCGUUGAGGAACACUUCUCCUCUGCCAGCAAAGCCAAGGUGCAGCAGCUGGUGGAGGACAUCAAAUACAUCCUCGACCAGCGCCUUGAUGAGCUGGACUGGAUGGAUGAGGAGACACGGAGAGCAGCUAGGGCCAAGCUCCGGUACAUGAUGGUGAUGAUUGGGUACCCCGACUUCCUGCUGAAGCCAGAGGCCAUUGACAAGGAAUAUGAGUUUGAGGUGGAUGAGAAGACCUACUUCAAGAACAUCCUCAACAGCAUUGCCUUUGGCAUCAGGCUCUCGGUGAAGAAGAUCCGGCAGGAGGUGGAUAAAUCCACGUGGCUGCUGCCUCCCCAGGCACUGAACGCCUACUACCUGCCCAACAAGAACCAGAUGGUGUUCCCUGCUGGCAUACUGCAGCCCACACUCUACGACCCCGAGUUCCCGCAGUCGCUGAACUAUGGUGGGAUUGGCACCAUCAUUGGGCAUGAGCUGACCCAUGGCUACGAUGACUGGGGGGGACAGUACGACCGGCACGGGAACCUGGUGCACUGGUGGACGGAGCGGUCGUACAGCAAGUUCCUGAAGAAGGCGCAGUGCAUCGUCAACCUCUACGACAACUUCACUGUCUACAACCAGAGGGUGAAUGGCAAACACACACUGGGGGAGAACAUCGCUGACAUGGGGGGGCUCAAACUGGCCUACUACGCCUACCAGAAGUGGGUGAGGGAGCACGGCCCCGAGCACCCCCUGCACCACAUGAAAUACACACACGACCAGCUCUUCUUCAUCGCCUUUGCCCAGAAUUGGUGCAUCAAGCGGAGAUCCCAGUCCAUCUACCUGCAGGUGCUGACAGACAAGCAUGCUCCGGAGCACUACAGGGUCCUGGGCAGUGUCUCGCAGUUUGAGGAGUUUGGACGGGUCUUCCACUGCCCCAAGAACUCGCCCAUGAACCCAGUGCACAAGUGCUCGGUGUGGUGAGGCUGAUCCCCCUCCAGCAGGCUGGGACCCUCCAUCCCCUCCCUUGCCUAAAUGACGCUUUUUGUCCACUCCCCAACUUCCCAUCUCCUUCCCAUCUACAAGGGUGUAGGCAGCAGAAACACUUGAGUUGCGCAGAUGCCUCCUGCCCAUGCCCCUCCCAUCCACUGCCCUGUGCAGUGAGGCAUUGUCAUUCCCCAUGGAGGAACAAGGGCAUGCCCAGGCACCCCUGUACCCCCUUUUCUGUCCACCCAGCCCAAACCCUUCAUCCAGCCCUACCACAUCCAUCCCAGUAAGUAAAGGCAGGGGGAGGACUCCAGUGGCUCCAAGGGGCUGCCCCAUGCCAGAAGCCUCCCCUGCACGGUGCCCUCCCUGCCAUUCCCCAUGCCAGCCCCUCCUGUCCAUGCACCAGCCCUGCUGAGGUGGGGCACAGCGGUGCAGCCGGGCUGGGUGAUGCCAGCCUGCCUGGCAGGGCAGGCACACGGACGCUGCUGUAUCUUCCGCUGCUGUUUCUGGUCAAUAAAGCACUGGAUGUGCUGGGUGGCUGACAGGGGCCAUGGCCAGGGGAUGGGAGCAGUGGGCAGCACCCCCAGCCCUGGCCA